CCGGUCCCCCCUCAUUCUGAUCACGACGCGAGCAGUGGUUCGCAAGCGACACGUACGGUGCGAUGGCGUCGGUGCAACAGGAGCCCCAGAAGAUGGGAGGCGGCAGCGCCCGCACGAGCAGCUGCCCAGAUGUGAUCGACUGCUUGUGUGCAGACACGCAGUCCAUCACCACUGCCAUGGCAGAUUCCAUUGUGGACGCAGUCCCGCCACACCACAACAUUAUUGAGCAUCAAGAGUCUGUGGACAUGGUGGUCUUCAUCUGCCGCGUGCUCCACCGCGCAUCGCCAGAGAAACACCAACACGUGGCUCUGUAUCUGCAAGACGUCAUGCAGGACAUCUGCAUGUCCUCCGGCACAGGGGCGCCAGUGCAGCGCACGGUGAAGCGGAUCUGCGGCGCUGUCCUGAGUGCCGUACACGAGGAAGGCCUUCAAGCGAAGCGGGAUAUGUAUUCCGUCAUGUCCACGCCGCUGCACACCGCCAUGCAGCGCGUUCGCAGCUUUUCCCACCACCUCACGUCCAUGCCUCCAUCAGAUGUUGUUGUUCUGAAGCAAGACCUGGACGUGAUCAUGGGCAUAUGUGACGCCCUGGCCGAUGCAAACCAACUCAAACCGGAGUUGCAAGCGCAUUUCCGGGAGCUCUAUCUUGACAGCGAGCUCGUGCACCAGCUGCCACACGUCGUGCGUGACCUGGCUGCAGCAGAGAGCAAGGUUGGGCGGGCGUGUGCUGCACAGCUGUACGCGUCCAUCCUCUCUGCGCUUCUCUCCGUCUUUGCACUCGUUGAGGCCGAAAACGCAUUUGUGCACACCAGCAACAUGGAGGAUGACAGAUGUGCGCACUUGUUUGGGCUGGUGUCGCAGUGGCACGAGGAUUUGAGCCGGACGCUGUUUGAGGACCAGCCAGCAGACACAGCGUCGCCGCACGACCCCGUGUGGGUGAUUCGGCAGGUGUCGCUGCUGGUGCAGCUGCUCGCCCUCUGCGCACAGACCGACGACGACAUCAUCCCACACGUGCGCAAGUGGUGCGUGCUGCUGUCUGAGGGAGACGGCAUCAAGCACUUCCUGCCGCUGUAUCAGGCGUAUGCAAAGGCGCUCACCACCGCUGCCAUCCGCUUCAGCAGCCAGCACAGGCCCGCACUCGACGCGCUCAAGCGGUGCUUGACGGCCCCAAGUCCCCUGCUCUCGUUUCAAGCAAAGAUGCUGAAGAAGACAUCAGAUGCAAUAUAUGCACCGCACGACGCAAGCGAACUCAAGACGACCGUGCUGUCCUCCUGCGUUCGGGUGCUGAAGGCGAUGGCAGCAGACAAGCCAGACGCCCUCUCCGCUUUUGUCUCGUCCAUCAACCUCAGCGUGUCCCAUCCAAGUGUGCACAUGCGGGACGCGAUUGUGUACAAUUCUGUUGAGCUGCUGGCGCGCAUUGCAGAGGAGACCGCUGCCGGCGAUCCAACAACCGUCUCCCUCAUCAUCGCCAUGCUCUACCAGCGGCUCGGGUUUCCUGCUUCGAUCGUGGAUGUGUCGAUUGUCGAGCGUCUUGGCGGCCUCGCCGUCAUCAGCACCACCAACAUCUUCGAUUCCGUCAUGGACAUGAUGUUCCAGCUGUAUUUGAAAGUGGCGGCACCAAAGUACGAUCCAGACGCGGAUUCGCAGGAGCAGGCGCAGUUUGAGUUUAUCGGCGAAAACGUCAUAUCUACAAGCAUGAGUGCGAUGGCGGGACAUCCAGACUGCCUGCAGGCAAGCACGACGUUCCUGGAGAAGAUGCUUGUCCUCUUCAACAGACUCGCCAUCAGCGUGAUUGGGCGUGGCCUAGCUGUUGCGUGGGCGGCGCAGGACGUAUUCACACCGCUCCUGCCAACAAUCGCCGCUUUCACAAAGGCAACACUUGCGCCCCUCACCUUCCAGCAGCGCGCUGCUGUCAUCUCACAGCACGUUGUGGACUCGUUUAGAGCGUUUUGGUUCCACGUGACCAUGCUCCGCCUGUUUGAUCUCACGGGCGACGAGAACGAGGGCGCCAAGAAAGCGCUGCGGGACAUUGCGCUGUACAGCCCCGUGCUUGUUGACGAGCGAGCAAAGCACUACCUCAAGGCCCAACUCAUGUCCAGUGUAGAGUACAUCGAGGAUAAGGUUGAUGCCAAGGAGCUUAGUAGCCUUCAGUCCCGCCUGCACAAGUCGCUCUCGUGGCAUUCCCUGCACACACCCGAUGUGCACCGCCUGGAGUUUGCAACCACCCUCUACGCUCUCGCCGUGUUUGAAGUCGAGUCGCGGCGCCUGUGCAGGAGGGGCGGCAACUUCUUUGAAACGUUUCAUUACAUCGAAGACAAAGGACAGCACCACGAGUCACGCCUCCCAGCCAUGCGCAUCCUCCUUGACGUCCUCUUCCAGCAGCAUGUCGAGUACCUUGCAUCCCAGCGCAGCGGCCGCGAGAAGCUGAAGAUUCUUGAAGACACGGCCAUUUUUCUCAUCAUCAAGUUCAACCACCGCGUCAAGAUCGUCAAGCAGAUGGCAGACCAGUUCCUCUCCCUCCUCACAGAGAGGUUCCCGCAUCUGCUGUGGAGCAUGCGCGUGAUUGUGGAAAUGUUGAAUUUUCUUCAAGCCAUUCACGAAACGUCGAUGCGGCCCGAUGCUCCGAUUGGGCAGCAGGUCACCGUCACCAUCUCCUGCCCGCCAUACACACACGUCAUGCCAUCCACACAGGAGACAAGGACGGAGAUUGUGAAGGACUUUGUGUCGCACUGCUCCGCCAUUCUGCAGCAGGCGCUGUCACACUCGGCAGUUGAUGCCCUCGCCACCAUCCAGCAAUACAUUUCACAGCUCCAGCGCACCGCCACCAAGAAGGACCACGCAGGACUGCAGAUGGCGCUCCAAGCCAUCGCCGCCUAUCCUUCGGACAUGCCGUCCUCUUUCCUCUCCACGUUUGGGCCCUCCCUCGCCCUCCAAAACCAUUACUCAGGCCAGCUGCAGGGUGUGCUGCUUGCUGCCUCUGUGACGGUGCACGGCAGCAAAGGCACUGCGCGCGAUAUUGCCCGUGCAGACACCACGCCAAUGGUCGACCCCGUCAAGUCCGACGAGGACUCCUACGCCCGGAGCACGCGGCUGGAGACGCCGAGCGUGGUAGUCGGCCUGUCGUCCUGGGCCGAGCGGGUGCUGGGCCGCCUCAAGUACAUCAGCGCCCGCCUCUUCGCGGAUAAGGACGAUGCAUCGCAGGAGCAGCAGGAUGCGUGGAUGGAGCAGCUGCAAGAGGCCAUGUACCAAGCAACCGCUAUCCUUGUGUUCCGGCCGCCCGGCUGGGAUCCGCUGUCCCACCGCACGUCAACGCUCUCUGCCACGAUGAUCGACGUUCUGGUGUGGGCGCCGGUCAAGCUCAACUCUGUUCCGGCCAUGACAACGGCGGUGGCGUGCUGGUCCUGGCUCGUCUCCUCCCGUCCCGAGAUGGAAACACGCAUUCUGUGUGCGAUGGAAGCGGCGUGGUCGUGGACGAUUGAGAAUCGCGUUGGCCUCUUCAGCUCCGACCACGGCCAUUCCCAGGGCCGCGAAGAGGUGUUUGAAGCGGACAUGCGGGCCGAUCCCGCCCACGAACAGCCCGUUGGGCUCUGGCUGUCCUUCCUCAUUGAGCGGUUCACGGUGAUUGCGCCCCGCAGCCUGUCCCAAUCGCAGCUCAUCACGUCGAUGGUCGUUGCUGCUCUCCGCGCCGCCCCCUCCGUCUGUCGCCAGGCCUCGUUCUGGGAAUCGCGGUGGAAGCUGUAUCGGCUGGCGCUCACCAUCCUGCACAUGCGCACGCAGCUCAACGACAACGUGCAAGUGGUGUUGCGCUCCCAGCUGUACAGCAGCGUGCUGGACUAUUUCUCCGUCCCGCCACGCUGGACAACAACCUCCCUCGCCAUCAAGGCGAUGGAGGCGAUGCUGGCGUGCUAUUCGUGCAUGCAGGCAGACCGGGUGCGCUGCAAAGCGAUGGACCAGGUGCUAGCAGAGCACAUGCCCCGGCGCCUGCGCCGUGCGGGCCAUUCCUCCGACCCGCGGUUUUCGCGGCGGUGUGACUUGUGUCUGCUGCUGCUGCGACACGAGAUUGAGCGCUUCCUUGCCUGGUACCACACGGGCGCAACGCAGACAACACCAAUCACUGGCGAGGAAGAGGUGAAAAAAUACGCCAAGCCCUCGCCCAGCCCUUCAGAGCGCACGUGGAAGGAGUAUAUUGGGCUCGCAUGGCAAACAAACCCAGCAAUUGUCAUCCAGAUUGCCCACCGGUACUUUGGCGUCGAGUGCGUGCAGAAGGAAACAGCGCGCCGUGUCAAAGCAAACCCAGCAGCCGUCAGCCACAUCCCGGAAGCGAUUCACUACCUGAUCACGAAGCAGAAUGUCGCCGACAACUGCCAUGAACUGCAUCACGUCCUGUCCUGGAGCACCGUCUCCCCCAUCACAGCUCUUCGCUUCCUGCGCGAGUACCCAGGCCACGUCAUCAUCAGCCAGUACUGCCUGAAAGCGCUGAGUCACUUCAGGCCCGAUGUUAUUCUCUUCUACAUCCCGCAGCUCGUGCAGGCGCUGCGGUACGACGAUCGGGGCUACAUCCAGCAGUACAUGCUGCGCGCAGCAGCGGACUCACAGCUCCUUGCACACCAGAUGAUCUGGAACAUGGCCACCAACAUGUACACGGAUGAGGACGGGGAGCACCGUGACGAACAGCUGGGCGACAUUUUGGAGCUGCUGAUGGGCGGGAUCAAGGCGAACCUGCACGACGGCGCCUUGCGCUUCUACGAGCGCGAGUUUUCGUUUUUUGAGCAGAUUACAGGCAUCUCCGGCCGCAUCCGCGACAAGGAGCUCGGCCCCGAGCGAAAGGCGGCGUGCUUGAAGGAGUUGGCGAAGGUGAAGUUGCAACCGGGCUGCUACCUUCCAUCGUCACCGUUUGGAAUGAUAACGGCCAUCGACUACAGCUCAGGCACCCCUAUGCAGAGUGCGGCCAAGGCGCCAUAUCUUGCGCGGUUCAAAGUUGCGCAGUGCACUCUGGAGGAGAUUGUGGAGAUUGGCUCGAGCGAGGAGGAGGUGGACCUGAGCGAGCGCGACAGCAAGUGGCUCGCAUGCAUCUUCAAGGUCGGCGAUGAUGUGCGACAGGACAUGCUCGCCCUGCAGAUUAUCCAGCUCAUGAAGAACAUUUUCGCCGAAGUUGGCCUGGACGUUGCUCUCUUCCCGUAUCGCGUGGUUGCGACGGGGCCAGGCUCCGGCGUGAUUGAAUGCGUGGAGAAUGCGACCUCCCGUGACCAGCUGGGCCGGCAGACGAACAUGUCGCUGUACGACUACUUCCUGAAGGUGUAUGGGGAUGAGGACACGCGGGAGUUCCAGGCAGCGCGACUCAACUUCAUCAAGAGCAUGGCCGCGUACUCGCUCGUCGGGUUUCUCCUGCAGAUCAAGGACCGGCACAACGGAAACAUCAUGGUGAACAAGCAGGGGCACAUCAUCCACAUUGACUUUGGGUUUAUGUUUGAGUCGUCGCCUGGUGGGAACAUUGGGUUUGAACCAGACAUGAAGCUGACAAAGGAGAUGGUGCUCAUCAUGGGAGGCAGCCAGGCCGCAGAGCCAUUCAGGUGGUUUGUGGACAUGUGCAUCCGCUGCUACCUUGCCGUUCGCCCCUACCACGACCAGAUUGUCGGCCUCGUUGCCCUCAUGCUCGACACGGGACUGCCCUGUUUCCGCACAGACCGCAUUCUCGAGAGCCUCAGGAACCGGUUCCAGCCAAACAAGACGGAUGCUGAGGCAGCGGCAUUCAUGCGCCAUCGCAUCAACUCGUGCUACCUGAACACGCGCACAGAACUCUACGACAAGCUGCAGAACGUGCAGAAUGCCAUUGCACACUAGGCGAGCCGUGAUGGUGGUGGUGGUGGUGGUGGUGGUGG